UUGUUAUUGGUCCAUACCUCUGGAUUUUUAUGCCUACAUCAUCAUUGCCCCGAUCUGCGUUAUUGUUUAUAUAUGUUUGUGUUUUUAUCGCCAAAUAGGGUUUACGUAGGUUGCCUGUUAGCUAAAGGUUAUUGGUGAAGCUUUUCAGUGUUAAUUUAGCAUUGUACUCUGCUGCUGUUGUGCGAAAUGCGUGAUGAAUAGGUACUCGAGGGGUUUCUGGUUAAUUCCGAGGUCACUUUUAAUGGGAUUGUGAUUGUUUUUCAGCAAUGUAUCAUCUCAUUUUCGUUACGUUACAUCUCGCUCGCGAUUCAUAAUGAUAUUAGCUAAUUAGGUGUGUAAACAUUGGGAGAAAUGCGAUGACGACGACCCUUUCCUGUCCUCUAGUGUUGCUUUGUUUCGGUUUCCAUUCCCUCUCAGACUCUUACUUUGAUAGAGCUCUCCAUUGUCACCUGAUUUUAAGAGGAAAUUGACACCGAGGUGGAAGGGGUAUCUUUUUGCUCUACCCCCGGCAAGGACAACAUAUAAGAAGAACAGACAAGAUAAGUACAUGUACCGAAAGUAACGUGAAAAGGAGAACUGAAAAUUUGUCUGUCAUCAUAAAGCUCUAUCCACCUCCUACUAAAGUCGAAAAACUGUCUGUAACGAGCCAUAAUGUCGGACAUGGAGAGGUCUCUUCCAGCCAUCAGGAGGCUCAGCUAUGCGGUGGGACACUUUCUGAACGACUUGUGUGCGUCUAUGUGGUUCACAUACUUGCUGGUGUUCUACCACUCAGUGCUGGGAUUCAAAAACACAAAUGCGGGUGUGUUGCUGCUAGUUGGGCAAAUAGCUGAUGCUAUCUGUACGCCUCUCAUUGGCUACGAGUCUGACCAAACCCCUGGCUGUGGAAACUACGGCAAGAGGAAGACAUGGCAUUUAGUCGGUACACUGAGCGUGUUGCUAUCCUUUGCCUUCAUCUUCAACCAGUGUCUGGGCUGUGACUCCCUCACCCCUCAGUGGGUAAGCCUGACGUACUUCAUCCCAUUCAUCAUCGUCUUUCAGUUCGGCUGGGCCGCCACGCAGAUCUCCCAUCUUUCUCUCAUUCCAGAGCUGGUCACCUGUGAGCAUGCUAAAGUAGAGCUCACUGCAUACAGAUAUGCCUUUACAGUAAUAGCCAACAUCACAGUGUAUGCAGUGGCCUACCUGCUGUUCCAUGUGCAGGCCAGAGAGGAUGACAACCCGCUCAGUGAUGCACUCGGACCAAUAGAUAUCCCCGUCUUCAGGGAUCUGGCAUUGAUUGUGCUGGGUAUCGGUGCUGUCUUCUCCAUCCUCUUCCACCUGGGAACCACUGAGUGGAGGCCUGGAGCUGGAGGGGAGACUGGAGGAGAGGAGGCGAGGAGGAAAAGGAUGGAGGAGGAAGAGGGGGACGGGGAACAGAGGCCACUGCUUCCUUGCCCCAAGACCACCUCAACUUUUCUUCAGUGGAAAUGUUGGCUGCAGCAGCCUUCAUUCUACCAGGUGGCCUUACUCUAUAUGUCCACAAGGCUAAUAGUGAAUCUGUCUCAGACCUACAUCUCAAUGUAUCUUCUUAACACGCUGCGGCUGCCAAAGAAGUUCAUAGCAACAAUCCCAUUAGUGAUGUACCUGAGUGGCUUCCUGUCCUCCUUCAUUAUGAAGCCUCUCAGUAAACUAAUUGGAAAAUGUCUCACCUAUUUUGUGGGCCUGUUGCUGAUCAUGGCCUUCUCCUACUGGGUGUUGCUGAAUGACAGGAUGGGUCAGCAGGUGUACGGGGCAGCUGCUCUGCUAGGGGCAGGCUCAGCUACCAUCCUUGUCAUAUCGCUUGCCAUGACUGCGGAGCUCAUCGCUGAUCAGACUCAAAGUGGAGCAUUUGUAUAUGGAGCCAUGAGUUUCACUGAUAAGUUUGCUAAUGGAGUGGCUGUGAUGAUCAUUCAGGCAAUGCAUCCUUGCCAUACUGCGGUGUGUUGUCCAGCCUGUGUGGGGUUCUAUCAUUAUAUCAUGGUCAUAGUGACAGGAGGUGUAGCUGUCUUCGCAGCUUUGGCUCUCUGCUCCAUCCUCAUCUGGCCAAUCAGGAUCAGAUGUGGUUUGCAAGUCAUGUCUGAUGAUGCAGUCAGAGUCAAUUAACAGCCCCUCCCCCACUUUCCCUAAAACUGACUCCACUGCAGUACAACGGAAAAACACAAACUCUGGACAGGUCUCAACUGUAGGACAAGAGCUUUCACGUUUGUUUUUUAAAAAAUUCAUUUUCUUUUUAAAAAGCACCAAGGGAAUUCCUGAGUGGCUGCUCGACUGGUGCACUUAAUAUGGCAGAUUUGACAGUUGUGCUAAAAUUACAGGAUUGAGUGGGAAAGCAGAGGAAGACUUUUUAGGCUUACAGAAACUGACAGUUCCAGCCAUUUACAACCUGGACCUUGUUUUUCCAUAAUUUUCCAAAAAGUCUUUUGACCAAUCGUGGACUGGUAAUUACAAAAAUCAUGAUAAUAUAGGUUCAUUUCAGUGCAGUAAAGUGAAUAUAUUAAUGGAUUUUCAUCCACUUUCAAAACUCAAUGGAGGCUGAGAGUAAUGGUGGCACAGUAUUUGUUUAGGUGGCUGUUAAAUUCAGAUGAAAAGGCAGUGUAAUUGAUUUAGCAAUUAUGAUGUGUCUUACCUCUGGCUGUUUUGACUCUGGGAUCUUGCUUACUACAGGUUUAAACUACGGUUGAAACAAUUAGUCGAUUGAUAGAAGAGUAAUCAACAACCAUUUUGAUAAUUGAUUAAAAAAUUUUUAGUAAUUUUUCAAAGCAAAAAUGC